UCAUAUGUGUUAAAGGAAUACUAGAGGUUUAGAACAAAAUAGGCUUCAACAUCAGUGAUUUUGUUUAUACUGAUUGCUAGGCUUCCUUUUCUUGAAUUCUCAUACGAAACAAUGGAAAUUACUCGUAAAAGAAGAAAUCUCAACGCCAACGGCGAUCUGGAUUUGAUCAGCAAUCUCCCGAGGCACAUAAUCGACUGCGUGUUGAAUCGAUUGCCUUUUCAGGACGCUGUACGAACAAGUAUACUGUCGCCAAAGUGGAGGGGCUACUGGGCCACCCUCCAACACCUAGAUUUGGGUUACGAAUUCUACCUCUUCGUCAAGGACGCUGUGGAAAAUAAAUUAUACAGUUAUGAUAGAUACAAGCAGUAUGAUAAAUACAUUCCGUACGAGUACGAAAGAAUCAUCAGCAGGAUUUUCUUUUUUCAGCUUGGUCCCCUUGUCAAGGUCACUCUAUACAUUCCGAAAUUCGUUGCGGAUGACUAUCCAGUCUAUCCGGUUCCGGAUACAGAAAAAUGGAUUCUUCACCUCUCCAAGAAGAACAUCAAGGAACUCACCAUUACUUACAAAAACCGCAAGCGUCACUUAUUGCCAAGUUGCUUCUUUUUGUGCCUUAACUUGACUCACUUGGAGCUUUCGUAUAUCUUUCUUGUACCUCCUCCGGAUUUCAAAGGUUUUCGUAACCUUAUCGCGAUACAGUGUACCGGGGUUAAGUUCAAGGCUAACAUGUUUGAGAGUCUCAUGCAUGGGAGCCCCCUGCUUCAGAAGUUGGUCUUUGUGGAUUGCUCCGGCAUGGAUCAUUUCAAGGUUUCUGCUCCUAAUUUGGAAAUCUUACGUUUCGAAGACUACCGCAAGUUUGAGACAAUCGGUUUCGAAAACGUCCCGAAGCUGGCUGAUGUCACAAUUAGUACAUUGUACACAGAGGUAGAUCAUUUCGCGAAGAGCUCUCAUCUGUUGGAAUUUCUUACUAGCUUGCCUAAAGUCACCCGGCUUUCCUUGAAUGGUGAUUUUUUAAGGUUCUUGGCCGGAGACACUCUUCCACAACAGCUUCCAACAACAGUAGUGGAAGGUCUGAAGUAUCUCAAACUAAAUAGCUUGGAUUUCGCCAAUUUUCAUGAGGUUUCUUGUGCUCUUUGCUUGAUUAGAAGCACCCCCAAUUUGAAGCAACUUGAGAUUCAGGCCUCUACUACAAGAGAAGAUAUACUAGCACCAAAAUGGGGCUAUAUGGAGGCUAAAGGCCCUUUCGGAUGCACCCUUGACGGGCUUCGAGUUGUGAAGAUGAAACUCAUCAGGGGUUUCAAGCCUGAGUUAGAGUUGGUCCAGUUUUUACUUGCCAAUUCACCAUUUCUUGAGAAGAUGUCUAUCGAUUGGUCUCCCUAUACCGGGCAUUCACAAACCCAACAGAAAUUGAUAUUGGAUAUGGCAACAGAGUUGAUACGGUGUUACCGAGCAAUAUCCCCUACCUUGGAUAUCUCUCUAGGCUGAUUGGUGAGAAAAUACUCCGUAUGAUUAUGGGUCCAUAGCUUUUUUUUUUUCAUUUGUGUGCUUUCAGUAACUUAUAAGUACUCUACUUUAAAAUAUUGGAGAUUGAAACAAAUGUUCUAAGUAACGUAUGGUAAAAUAGUGGGAUAGCAGUUACGGUCACAUCCAAGUAAACCUA